AUGAGAAAGGGGAUAGCAUUUGAAUGGACCCUGGCAUGCGAGGAAGCGUUCAACCAUUUCAGAAAGAUUCUGGCAACACCACAUGUACUCGGUAAACUCGUGGUCGAGGAACCACUCUACCUGUACCUAGCCGUCACGGAAGAAGCGCUGGCAGCGAUCUUGGUGCGGGAAGAAGGGAAAGUUCAACAACCGAUUUACUUUGUGAGUAAAGCGCUGCAAGGACCAGAACUUAGGUACAGCAAGUUGGAGAAACUGGCACUAACACUCCUGACCUCUUCCCGCAGACUACGACAAUACUUUCAAGGUCACCAAGUGGUCGUGAGAACGGACCAGGAAAUUCGUCAAGUGCUCCAAAAACCCGACCUAGCGGGAAGAAUGAUUACCUGGGCCAUCGAGCUAUCCCAGUACGAUUUGAGAUAUGAGCCUCGACAUGCGAUUAAGGCGCAAGCAAUGGCAGACUUCAUAGUGGAAGUAACCGGGGAUCCAGUCGAGGACACGGGCACACGGUGGAAGCUCCACAUAGACGGAGCCUCCAACCAGACGGUCGGGGGUGCCGAGAUCAUCUUAGAAAGCCCAGCCGGAGUCAUCUACGAACAAUCAGUCAAGUUCGAGUUUUCCGUAUCGAACAACCAAGCGGAAAAUGAAGCCCUCCUAGGCGGCUUGAUCUUAGCUCGGGAAGUCGGGGCCACGAGGCUAGAAGUAUGCAGUGACUCACAGAUCAUCACGUCGCAAGUAAAUGGAAGCUACCAAGCCAGAGACUCGCUAUUGCAAAAGUACUUGGAGAGGGUCAAAGAACUGAGCAAACAGUUUGAGGAGGUCACGGUCCAACACGUUCUAAGGGAAAGGAACACACGGGCAGAUCUCCUAUCCAAGCUAGCGAGCACGAAACCUGGAAUCGGCAACCGGUCCCUCAUUCAAGGCAUCACGAAAGAACCAGUAGUUGCCCUCCACUUGACCAAGAUAAGCCCCUCCUGGAUGGACUCCAUCACUGAUUUUUUGCAGAAUGGCAAACUCCCUAUAGGUGAGAAGGAAGCUAAAGCAUUGAGAAGGGAGGCUACCAAAUAUACGAUCAUACAAGGCCAACUGUUCAAAAAGGGACUCAGCCAACCCUUGCUGAAGUGCCUACAUCCCGACCAGACGGACUACGUACUCAGAGAAGUCCACGAGGGGUGCUGUGGUCACCACAUCGGGGGCAAAGCCCUAGAGAGGAAGCUCAUCCGAGCCGGAUAUUACUGGCCAUCAAUGAUGAAAGACUCCAAGGAGUUCAUGAAAAAAUGCGUUAAGUGCCAAGAGAACGCUAACGUCCACAGAGCACCGGCCACCGAACUGAGCCUGAUGACGUCUUCCCGACCCUUCGCACAGUAG